AUGAACAAGAGAGAAAAAGAUUUGCCGCACAGCCGCUGGUCAAGGCUUGUUUUUGAUGGUGAUCACAUGAUCAAGACAAAGUUUUUAGGUCAUCUCCGAUUGCAAGGGCUGAAAGAGACAAUUUUGACGAAACCCCCCGAUGAAGACGAUGAAGAAGAAGACGCAAAGAAAAACGCUGAGGCUUAUGCAGAGCUCAUUCAGUUUUUGGAUGACAAAAGUCUAGCACUCGUCAUGCAUGAUGCAGCAGACGACGGACGUGCAGCGCUUGGAAUCCUGCGGGCACAUUACGCCGGCAAAGGAAAGCCCAGAGUGAUUAACCUGUAUACCGAGCUGACGUCACUGCAGAAAUCACCCUGUGAGACAGUGACGGAGUACAUCAUCAGAGCUGAGACCGCAAUCACCGCGUUAAGGAGUGCAGGUGAGGAGCUGAGCGAUGGACUUUUGAUCGCCAUGGUCUUGAAAGGACUUCCAGGGAUAUUUAAGCCAUUUGCUAUUUAUAUCACUCAAAGUGAAGAAGGUGAGAGCUUGACUUUUGCAGAGUUUAAGACAAAACUUAGAAGUUUUGAAGACAUUGAAAAUAUGCGUGCCACAGUAUCUGAGGACAAUGUGAUGAAAGCUAAGGCACAUUUUGGCACGAAAUGCGCACCAAGAGGUGCAAAUGAUCCUGGAGAAGGAAGUUCUGACAUUGUGUGUUUUAAAUGUGGAGGUAAAGGGCACAUAAGCAGAAACUGCCAGCGAAAGCAAUGGUGCAGUUACUGUAAGAAUAACAGUCACAGCAACGCAACCUGCAGACGGAGAAAACAACGAGACAACGCAAGGAAAGUAGCCGAAGAGACGGGCGGCGACAAAGAGUUUGCUUUCCGGGUGAGCGACGCUGACACACGAGUGGACGACAUCAACAGGAGAGGUCUGAUGGUGGACGCUGGUGCGACAUCACACAUAAUCACCGACAUCAGGAAGUUUCGGAAGCUUGAUGGGAGUUUCCAGGCCAAGACGCACUGCAUGGAAUUAGCAGAUGGAUCCAGGUGUCUUGGGGUUGCUAAGCAACGAGGAGACGCGGAAGUGUGUUUGAUUGACAGUAGAGGUCGACGUCUUAAAACGGUGCUGAGGAACGCCUUAUACAUCCCUUCAUAUCCGCAAGACAUCUUCUCAGUGAAAGCUGCAACAUCCAGCGGAGCAACGGUGAUCUUCAAAGAAGGAAAAAACGUUCUUCUCAGAGGCAAUACCAAGUUCCCCAUUCACGGUGUGUCCUUCAAACAAAGGAGGUUCAACACGAAAGCCACAACCUGUAUCCUCCUCUGACUGAUGCCUUUGUAUGAAGAAUUUCUCUGAGAAUUUGUAACAUCUCUGUAAACGAUGGCUUCAGCUAAAGGAUACGAGGAGCAAACAGGAGAACCCAGCUGAACCUUAUGGUUGAUCACAUGAUCAAUAACUAAUAGCACAUCUGACCCCCAUAAGACUGAAUGCUGCAAUUUUAUUAAAUGGUGUUGCAAUAAAGUAUUAGUUUAGGGGAUGCAAACAUUGGU